GGGCUCCCCUCCUCGUUGUCGGCUUUGCUAUAAAAGCAUGGCCAUAGAUUGCUGACCCCACCCAUUGCACUUGAACAGCAAUACAAGGUCUACUCAAAUAUGACCACUCCCGAUCCCAUUAAUGCCAAAGCUUGGUCUCCCUCUCUGUACGGCACCCACGGACAUUUUGUCCACUCAAAGCAACACACGAGUGCUAUCAUUGAGCUCCUUGAUCCCCAACCAACCGACAGAAUCUUUGAUCUGGGAUGCGGAGACGGCAAGUUGACUAAAAGGCUUGUGACGGAUUACAAUGUCCGCUCAGUUGUGGGUGUCGAUGCUUCCGCGCCCAUGAUUGAAGCUGCUCAAGUGGAGUGCAAAGAACAAGUGGAAUCUGGCCGGAUUAUCUUUGAGGUUUUGGAUGGAUUUGAUGUUGAGACGAGUAAAUGGGUUGGUGAGGGAUUUGAUAAAGUGUUUAGUAACGCAGCCCUUCACUGGAUGAAACGAGACCCAGUCGCAGUGAUUCGCGGUGCACAUAAAGUCUUGAAAUCCGGCGGAUCCUUCAUCGCUGAAUUCGGUGGACACGGCAACAUUGCCUGUGUCCACGCUGCCCUCAUCGCAGCUUUAAAAAGACGCAAUGUGCCAAACGCAGAGAACCUCAUGCUAUUUUUCCCAACGACGAAUCACUACGCCAAACUCCUUGACCCAUACUUUACUCCCACUCACCUGGAGAUUAUCCCCCGUCCAACACUUCUUCCAACAGAUCUAAACGGAUGGCUCUCCUCUUUUGCGACGCAUUUCCUAGAAGCUGUACCGGAAAGUGACCGUGAAAACGUCCGGAGUGAAGUUAUUGAGGAAUGUCAACCCGUUUUGUGUGAUGACGAGGGACGAUGGUGGCUUGAUUAUGUUCGGAUUAGAGUCAUUGCCAUCAAGAAAUGAAAACACUUUUGGGGCCCAGUUUAGAUAGCAAAAGCCUUUUAUUGCGUAUAGUAGAUGGCGGAUUACACUACGUCAAAUGAAAGUUCACCCAUUUUAAAUGACUUGUAAACUUUAGUCUCUCUAAAUAUCAACUUUGUUACGUCUUGCUACCA